CUGGUCAUUCCACUGUUGGGUUGCUGGGCUUUUGUAUAUAUAGAUAUGGCAUCAGACUAUGCUUACUAUUCUGCAACUUUGGUUGAGAUUGGCCCAUAUCAGUACAUACAAGUCUUCCUUGUUCUUUUAAACUGCUGCACAGCGUUCCACGGCAUGAAUGUGCCAUAGAUACUUUAUCCAGUUCCUAAAGGAUAGACAUUUAAGUGCUAACCAUUUGGGGUUUUGCAAUGACAAACUAUGUGAACAUGUUCAUGCAUUUAUCUUUGGCAUACUUGUGCAAAUGUAUCCAUAGGGUUAAUUCCUAGCAGUGAAAUUGCUGGGGCAGAGUUCAUGCAUUUUCUUUUAACCGUAGAUGCCUUUUGCCAAAUUGCUCUCCAAAAAAGCCUUCACACCAUCAGAGUGUGAGAGUGCCCGUGUCCUCAUACCCUCCCCAGCAGAGAACAUUAUCAUCAAACUUUCUUUUCUUUUUCUUAAAAGCCUCUCUAUUUAUUGCCUGGCCGGCAUGGCUCAUAAGAAGAUAGAAGGUGGAGAGAAGAAGGCAGAAAGGCUAGGGACCUCGAAACCCAAGGAACAGCAGGAUGGCGGCCCUCCCUAGAGCUGGAAGAAAGAAGGACCGAGUCAGACCCUGGAAGAAGCUCUGUGCCUUUGGAGGUUUUUCUGCCUGCCCUUCUGCCUGCCCGUCCUCAUGCCUCUCCUCCUCUUGCUGCUCCUGCUACCGAGCCUUUCACAUCCCUUUCCCACCUGUGAGGUCUCCAGAGUGGCCAGCCAGGUGGAAGUGAACUGUGACAAUCAGGGUCUGAAGGCGAUGCCUUCAGAUUUGCCGGCAGACACCACCAGCCUCCGCCUGGGCGAGAACCCCCUGCGCACCUUCUCCAUGGUGUCCCUGGCGCCGCUGACUAAGCUCACUCAGCUGCAUCUGGGUGACAGCCAACUGAGCGAACUGCAGGCCGAUGUGAAACUACCGCUGCUAGAGACCCUGGAGAUACCCAAAAACCAGUUGAAAAGCCUGCCCUCGCUAGGACAGACACUGCCAGCACUCACUACCCUGGAUGUCUCCUUCAACCAGCUGACCUCAUUGUCUCCUGGGGCCCUGGAUGGCCUCAGCCACCUCCAUGAGCUCUCCCUGCGGGGCAACAGGCUGAAGAAUCUGCCACCCCGGCUCCUGGCAUCCACGCCCCAGCUGAAGAAGCUCAAUCUGGCUCAAAACCAGCUGAUGGAGCUGCCCCUUGAGCUCCUGGAGGGGUUGGAGGAGCUUGACACCCUCUACCUCCAAGGAAACUGGCUGCGAACAAUACCAGAGGGCUUCUUUGGAGAGCGCCUUCUGCCUUUCGUUUUUCUCCACGAUAACCCCUGGUUCUGUGACUGCAGCAUCCGUUAUUUCAGUCGCUGGCUGCGAGACAAUGCUGACAGUGUCUACUUAUGGAAGGAGGGUGAGGAAAACAAGGCCAUGACCCCCAAUGUGGAGAGCGUGCGAUGUGUCAAUACGGGAACAACCGUCUCUGACUACGUAGGGAAGGACUGUGGCCCUCUCAAAAGUGUGGAUGGCCUAGACUAUGAUGUAUAUGACGAGGGCGCUACGAGUGAGAAGGUGCCUACCACGAGGGAUGUGAUCACCAACACCAAAGCCCAUACAACUCACUGGGGCCUACUUGACUCAGAAUCUACUGCUUCUCCAGGCAGCCAAAUGCCCUACUUGCCUCCAACUCGUGAGUCCUCUAAGAAACAGACCACAUUUCCAACCACGUUAGAAUCCAUUACAUUCCCCCCCACUCCAAAACCCACGACUGAAACCACCAAAACCUCGACCACCCCAGAGCCCACCACAGCCCCGACCACCCCAGAGCCCACCACAGCCCCAACUUCCCCAGAGCCCACCACAGUACCAACCACCCCAGAGGCCACAACCCUGACGACCCCAAAACCCAUCACAACCCCGAGCACCCCAGAAACCACAACUCCAACCACCUCAGAACCCAUAACUUCAGAACCCAGCACACUCCAGGCCACUUCAGAACUGACCACAGAACCCACCUCCCCCUCUCCCUUAAAAUCCACAACAAUCAUCUCGGACUUUUUCGACCCCGAAAAGGUCCGAGGACUGGCUCAAGGGAAUGUGGAUAGCUCCAGAAACGACCCUUUUCUCAACCCCGACUUUUGCUGUCUCCUCCCCCUGGGCUUCUACAUCUUGGGUCUCCUCUGGCUCCUGUUUGCUUCUGUGGUCCUCAUCCUGCUGCUGAUCUGGGUCCGGAACAUGAAAGCGCAGGCCCUAGACUUUAGCCAGCCUGUUGCCCUGACCACAGCCAAGCACACCACACAUCUGGAGCUGCAGAGGGGAAGGCAAGUGGCUGUGCCCCGGGCCUGGCUGCUUUUCCUCCAAGGAUCACUCCCAACUUUCCGCUCCAGCCUCUUCCUGUGGAUCCGGCCUAAUGGCCGUGUGGGGCCUCUGGUGGCAGAACGGCGGCCCUCAGCCCUGAGUCUGGGUCGUGGUGAGGACCUGCUGGGUACAGUGGGCAUUAGGUACUCUGGCCACAGCCUCUGAGAUUGGGUGAUUUGGGGACUUUGAGAGGCUCUGAUGGGCUUUCUUAUUGGGAUCUACUGGGGAGUGGGGGCUAGUGAAAAUCACAGGGUCAGGGGGAGGUCUUAAUUACUUUCUUAUCAGAAGCUUUCCCUUCAUACCACAGGAACAUAACCUCAAAACCAGUAAGCCAGGAGAGGAAGUGAGAUGGAGUGGAUGGUUCAUAGAAAAAAACACUGGAUGUAGGUGGGGGUCUCAGACCACUAGGUUAUUACUACUUUGGGGAAGUUUUAGAUAAAAGCAAAUAAAAAACAGAAUAGAACCUGGCUGGUGUGGCUCAGUGGUUGAGCAUCGUCCUAUAAA